CAAGCUACCAAGUACACAUACCUCUGGGAGCGCUAGCAAACAUUACCGCUGCAAUUUCAUCGACUGAAAUUCACCUACCCUCGCUUCAAAAAUGCCCUAAACUCUUUGAUCUGGUGCCAAGAAGAUUGGUAUGCCCUUGUGCCAGUCUGCAAACGAAUCGGCACUGGGGGCACUUCGCAUGGUCGAUGCUGUACUCGGACUGAGCUCGAGCGCGUCUCGUUCACUCCAAAUAGCUGACGGAUCCACCCCAAUCUGCACAUAGAAGCCCCGCGUGAGCACACGCUGGCUGCGAAGCGCCACUCUGAGACCGCAAUCUAGGGAGAACCCGCGAAUCAUAUCUGGCGCAGUCACGAGUGGCUCACUCCCUCUUCCAUCUCGUUGACAUUCGACCCUGCGAUCGCAUGGAUAUCCAAUUGACUGCCCAAGAUACGGUCCCACAGAUCAGGGGACGUGGCCAGCCAGGUCGCGGAGGACGAAGAGCGACAUCGCGUGGUGCAGGACAGCCCCGUGCGCGUGCCAGAGGUCGCGGCCGCGGUGGACUCUCCGGUGGCGUCAUGAUAGGCACCGACACCGCUCAUCAACCCACUCCCAGUCCUGCCAGGGGAAGAGGCAGCGCAACUCGAGGCGCUGGCAGCCCGCGCGACCUGGGUCAAGGUGGAUUCAUCCGUGGGAGAGGGCGAACUGUGCCUAGAGGUACCUCCGAUCAUGGUGUUGGCCGAGGAAGAGGAGGGGGAGAAAGAGGAGCUCGCAGAGGUCAUGGAACUGAUGGUGCGACAGGAAGAGGAAGGCGUGCUUCAAGCCGUGGUCGCAGUGGCCAGCCGGGUGGAAGCAGGGGAAGAGGUUCCGAACCUGCUACCCGCACUGGGCGUGGACGUGGACGUGGGCGUGGUCGCGGAAGUGGAAUAAUAGGAAGCGGAGUUUCAAGUCCAAGCGGAGGCGGCAGCGGUGAAUGGCCUUCCGACCUCGAAUCCAGCGACGACAGCGGCGACUCAGCUUCCGACUACCGGGGCAUGCUCUACGAGAUUGACACUGCGUUUGGAUGUUGCCCUGGUGGUGGUGCUUACAAGGAAAGCAACUUUUAUAACGAGCGCGGAGAUGUCAUUGGAUGAUGGGCCGAUACGUCGCACACGCAAGACAAAUGAGCAUAAGUCUCACAUCUUGUUUUGUGGAAGAACGAACACGGAAGCAUUGUGAUCGGAUGCUCGAAACUACGUACACAACUUGUCGGCAGAGGAGGCUGUGAUAUGUUGCUUGUAGCACUGAGCCUUGAUCUUUCGACAGCUGAAAUAUCAUUUCAACUCAGUUGAAGUUCAGAUUGGCGUACCACGUGGCAGGCGAGCUGCGAAUUCGAGCAGCAGGAUUCGGUGACCCUCGGGCGUCCCGAUUCAAAGUAGCUUUUGAUUCUCCUCGCCAAGGUAUAAAUCUCACGCUUCGUCCACAGUGUAAUGGAGAGCACGUAGGAAAGAGCAGAAUCGAUACUACAAAAUGGAAACUUGUCUCCAUACACCUUGCCAGCCCCUUCGCGACGCUGAAGUACAACUUGUCGCGCCGGGGAGCAGCCAUGUUCCGAGGAAUAGGCCCAUCCAUACAUGGAUCUUGUCGUUGACCUCGUGAGUCAUACAGACUCCGAGGGCGCUCCAUUGUGUCUGCUCCUAGCGCAUCGUGAAAGAAUCCUGAUCCUGACAUGGCAACAAGGACGAACUGUCCAGUGCAGUAGGCCACGGCAAAGGAUUCAGUGUGCUCUGCUGAUCCGAUUUCCGAGGGCCCGUAGAUACAUAUCUGGG